GCAGCUACCUCACUCCUGGUGACUCCCUCCAUUAGCGGGCUCAGGAUGCUGUUGCUACGAGCUGUUCUACUGCUACUAGUCCUGCCCACUCACGGCCAGGACUCCGUGACAGAAAAGCCUGGAGGCCUGCUUCCUCUGGCCAAGGGGGCCUGCACAGGUUGGUUGGCAGGCAUCCCAGGGCAUCCUGGCCACAAUGGGACCCCAGGCCGUGACGGCAGAGAUGGCACCCCUGGCGAAAAGGGUGAGAAAGGAGAUCCAGGUCUUGUUGGUCCUAAGGGUGACACUGGUGAAACUGGAGUAACUGGGGUUGAAGGUCCCCGAGGCUUUCCAGGAAUCCCGGGCAGGAAAGGAGAACCUGGAGAAAAUGCCUAUGUACAUCGGUCAGCAUUCAGUGUGGGAUUGGAGAGCCGGGUCACUGUCCCCAAUGUUCCCAUUCGCUUUACCAAAAUCUUCUACAAUCUGCAAAACCACUAUGAUGGCACCACUGGAAAAUUCCACUGCAACAUUCCUGGGCUGUACUACUUCUCCUACCACAUUACAGUCUACUUGAAGGAUGUCAAGGUCAGCCUCUACAAGAAGGACAAAGCUAUACUCUUCACCUAUGACCAGUACCAGGAGAAGAAUGUGGACCAGGCCUCUGGCUCUGUGCUCCUCCAUCUGGAAGUGGGCGACCAAGUCUGGCUCCAGGUGUAUGGGGAUGGGAACUCUUAUGGGCUCUACGCAGAUAAUGUCCAUGACUCUACCUUUACAGGCUUCCUUCUCUACCAUGAUACCAACUGAUCACAACUAACUUAGAGAUUCCUCCAGGCCAAACAACCCAAAAGUGAAAGAACAGUCCAUGGGUUUUCAGUGGAGUUAAGAGAUUAAUUUUGUUAUCCAGUUGGAGGGCUCUGAACAUUAUUCAUUCAUUUACUCAUUCAUUCAUCAAGUACCUUUUCAAAAAAAUCAUAUACUAUGUUCCUUGUCCUGAAGAAGACAUGGUCCCUGGCCUCAAGAGUCUGUUAUGUAGUAGCAAUGAAAGGUUAAUAAUAUUUCUGGGGGUGAUUCACAUAUAUGGUGAGAUAUCAAACUACCAGAAAGUAUUUGACAGUGCUAUUCUGUGUCCACUGUUUUUCCUCAUGUUCAUGCCAAUCCUGGGAGGUACAUAGGAAAGAUAUUAUUCUCCUUAUUUUAUGCUUGGGUCCUGAGCCUGAGAGAGUUAAAUGAAUGCCUAAGCUCACACGGGUAUUAAGUGGCAGAGUUCGAAGGCAAACCCAGGUCUGUAGACCUUCUCCCCUAGGCCAUGCCCUUUGUUUAGGAGUACAUGGCCUCUUGGGAGUGUUGGUAGGGGUCUAUCACCCAGCUCACCUGAGGGCCUCUGAGUGGUCUUCAUGGUGAGUUAAGCCUUUCCCCCAUAGAGGUCCCUCAGAGGUGAUUCUAUGACUAGGUCCCAUCCCCGCUGGACCACUAAUUACUCUGUACUUCUGCUUCUCUGUCUUUCUUUAUGCUCUUCUCUCCAGCUCAAAAAGCUACCUUCACCUCCACAUGGUGAAAUCCUCCCUGUUCCUCAAAACCACCUAGUCAGGAAGCUUCUCUGAUGUGAUAGCUCUCUCUUGCAAACCUUCCUCACACACUUUUCCCCUGUGCCCCUCUAUGUAUUACUCUGGAUGAGAAUCCUGGGUAUGAAAGACAUCCUUCUCCCAGGCCAGAGACAACUGCCUGGAAAGGACUGUGCUUCCUUCACCUCUGAGUCCCUUUGCAGGUCCUUGAUAAAUGCCUCAUGAAGACCAGGCUCUUGAAUCUCAUCUCUACCCAGGAUUAACUCCAGUUCAGUCUCUUCAUAUAACUAAUCCUUAUCUACAGAAACAUUUUCAUUUUAGGAACUCUCUGAAUUUAAGCACCUAAUCCUUGUUACACUGGAUAGUUUGAAUCUUUUCCACUGAGGUUUGGGAUGACUGUUCUUUCCAGAAUACUUAAAGAAUUUUCCCUGAAGAAGGUAGCUUGAGCCUGCUAUGCAAAACCUACAAAGGAAUUUGGAAACCAUUCUUUCCUUGAGUACCGACAGGGUCUGGAAAGACCUGGGCCUUCUGAAUCUAUCCUUGUUCUUUAAGAAUUCAAAGAAGAAGAAGAAGAAGAGGAAGAGGAAGAAGAAGAAGAAGAAGAAGAAGAAGAAGAAGAA